AUGAGCUCGAAGGAGAGACCCACUCUUGGUGGUACGCGGAUUAAGACCCGCAAACGGAAUAUUGCAGCGCCUCUGGACCCUGCAGCAUUUGCGGAUGCAGUGGUCCAGAUUUAUCUGGAUAAUGCUGGUGAUUUGGAACUUAUUGCAAGGAGCCUUGAGUCCUCAGACCUUAACUUUUCUAGAUACGGCGACACCUUCUUUGAGGUGGUCUUCACAGGAGGUCGUACACAACCUGGAACAACCAAACCUGAUGAGGGGGAACGCCAUCCUUACUCUGUAAUUGAGUCUGAGCCAAAACGUGAUGCUAUUUUACCAUCUGUAGUAUACAUACAGAAGAUAUUGCGUAGGAGGCCAUUUCUUAUAAAGAACCUUGAAAAUGUUAUGCGAAGAUUCUUGCAGUCGUUGGAGCUUUUUGAGGAUAAUGAAAGGAAGAAACUUGCAAUCUUCACAGCUCUUGCUUUUUCUCAGAAGUUAUCGGGCCUUCCACCUGAGACUGUUUUCCAGCCCCUGCUCAAGGAUAAUCUUGUUGCCAAAGGGAUAGUUCUUGCAUUUAUCACAGACUUCUUCAAGGAAUAUCUUAUUGAUAACAGCCUUGAUGAUUUGAUUUCAAUCUUGAAGCGUGGUAAGAUGGAAGAUAAUAUUCUUGAGUUCUUUCCACCUGCCAAGCGUACACCUGAAGCACUCUCUGAACAUUUCACCAAGGAGGGACUUUUGCCGUUGGUCGAGUACAAUGAUAAGAAGAUUUUUGAGGUGAAGCUGAAGGAAAUGAAGUCUGCUUUGACUAGCCAGAUAACUGAGGAAGCUGACAUAUCUGAAGUCAUAGAAACAGUAAAACAACAUGUGAAAGAAGCUAAAUUUCCAGAUAUUGAAGUUGUGCGUAUCCUGUGGGAUGUUCUGAUGGAUGCUGUUCAGUGGUCUGGCAAGAAUCAACAACAGAAUGCUAAUUUAGCACUCCGGCAGGUGAAAACAUGGGCUGGACUGCUGAGUAACUUCUGCACUACUGGAAAGCUGCAAUUGGAACUUAUGUAUAAAAUCCAGAUCCAGUGCUAUGAAGAUGCAAAACUGAUGAAGCUGUUUCCUGAAAUUGUGAGGUCUCUUUAUGACCAAGAUGUGCUUGCGGAAGAUACCAUUCUCCACUGGUUCCGCAAGGGAACAAAUCCAAAGGGCAGGCAAACUUUUGUCAAGGCCUUGGAGCCAUUUGUGAAAUGGCUGGAGGAGGCCGAGGAGGAAGAGGAGUAA